AUGGAUGCUGGUAUAAAUAAAAGAGGAGAAUCAGUGGAAGAUAAGAUUAACAAGCUUGAUGUUGAGCUCUGCAAAUACAGAGAGCAGAUUCAAAAGACACGAUCUGGUCCUGUUCAACAAGCUCUCAAAGCUUGUGCUAUGAGGCUUCUCAAGCAGAAGAAAAUGUAUGAAGGACAACGCGACAUGCUUUAUAAUCAGACAUUCAAUCUUGAUCAAGUCUCUUUCGCUGCUGAACGUCUCAAAGAUGCUCAACAAACUGUCAUAUAUGCAAGCUCGUCUGCCAUGUCGAUCUCCGUCUGUGAACAAUUCAGAGUUUUGGUCACCAUCAUCAGCAGGGACGCAACUUCUUAA